UUUAUUAUUUUAAUAAUAUUUAUGUGUGUGUGUUACGAUACAAUUAUCAAUGAUUUUUAUUUCGAGUAUUACGUAUUUAGUCACAUCAUUUGCUGAGAACAAAAAUUAGACCAGGUGUAAUAACACACAUUGAUCAAAAUAAUUUAACUUUAAUCGAAAAGAUGUUAAAAUGCCUAAAAUAUCAAUUUUACAAACCAAAAAAGGUAAACGUUUGUGAACAUUGCAAGUUUGAAAAGAAAUUUUCAUCAAUUCUAUGCGGUAUUUCACUUCGAAGAUGUGAACAAGAAAUGAGAAAUUUUGAGUUCAAAUUAAAAACUGGAAAUAUACCAAUAUACAGAAGUAUACUUAUAUAGAAAAAUUAAAACAGUUUACUUAAAUAUUUAUAUAAAUUCACUUACAAUUAUUUUCCAUAGAUCAUUCAUAUGCCGAAGAGGAAAAUUUGAGAAAUGUAGUACAAAGUCCAGGGCAUGAACUUUUACAAACAUUUAAAAAAGAAAAAUAUAGAAAGUAAAUAACAGUUUAGUAAAUUAAUAAUCGUAGCAAGUAAUACUGUUUAAUAAAUUAUUUUAUUUCUUAUCUCUUUAUCGUUUCAUUAAUAACUUCAGACAAGUAAGGAAAUAAUAGAUAAGCAAUUGUUUAAAUUGAUAUGAACUUACAAAAUAAACUAUUUAUGAAUUAUAUAUGUAAUAUGAAAACAACCAAUGAAAAGUACAGAUAACUAGACGUAACUAUUUAUAUCAUGUUCUUGUUAAAUGAGCUCAGGAAUCUUGAAUUUUUUUUCAAUGAUUAACAAUCAUUAAUAAUAUAUUAUAUUUUUAUGAAUUUUGAUAUUGUAAAGCUUACAAAUAACAAAAUGAUUUUGAUAAUAAUUUUAUUAUUAUUACUGUCUCAAGUAUCAAGUUUUGGCAAACGUCGUGUCCAUAAAUCAAAGAAUGAUGAAGACACUUGUGAAAAAACAGUAUUACACGAACUUUUUAUAAAUUCUAAUGCAACAUUUAUAGACCCUUAUUGCAAGUGUGAUUCAGUAGUAGGAAUAGUACAAAAAAUCCCAUAUAUUCAAGAAUCUCCUGAAAAUAGUUUAACAGUUCAUUUCUCUUCUGCUUGUGUGAAAUGUGGAAUGUGUCUUGCUAUAGCAAAUCAAGUUAGGACAAAUACGCAUUUUAUAAUUUUUAUCUAAUGUAUAUAGAAUUUGUCAAUAAUCAUGAAUAUAUUAUUGACAUAUUGUUAUCCGAUUUUUUAGAUAAAUGAUACAUUAUUAGAAAUGCAUGAAUCUAUGGAUACUUGGUUAAAUGAUACAGAAGCUAUUAUUCUUUUGAGGAAUAUUUGUAAUUUUGCUUUCAAACAGAUAUUUCAUAAUAUGUGGGAUCAUUGGAACACAAAUGUGGCUAUAAUUUUGCAACAAAGUCAAAUAUUUAUAUACAUUUUUUUCAUUGUUUUUGUAUCCUGUCCACUUUUCGGAAGUGGGUUCUACAUUUUACGAAACAUCCUGCAUAUAUAUUUUAUAUGUAUAUACUGUAUGAAUAUAUAUUGUAUAUAUAGCUAUAGUUUGCGAGAAAUUAAUGGAAAAAGAUUUAUUUGUGAUUAUGUUCCUGGCUCUACAUUAGUAACAUCUUCGGGAGAUGGUUUAUGGGAAACACAUUUAAGAGAUAAUUGUAAUGAAUAUUUGAAUGAGAUAAACCCAUUAGAAUUGUAUCAAUAUUGGCAGCAGUGGUGUCAAGAUGAUCAUCAAAAUCCUAAUUUGGUUACAAUACUUUGCAGAAACGAAGCAGGAAAAUUACGUGAUUGUAGAAGUAUGGAUGAAAUGAUUAAAUUUGAAUUACCUUCGAAAAACUAUCAGGCAAAUGUUAAACUUAAAGUAGAAUUCGGAUGUUAAAAUACAGAUUCAAGUAUGC